AUGAUAUUAGUUCAUACAAAACAAUCAUUUUUCUAUAGUAAUGGUUUAGAACCAAAUUUUAGUAUUCAAGAUGAUAAUUUAUUAAAACGUAUAAAAAUUCAUGAAUAUAUAUCAUCAAUGAAAGUAGAUGAUGAUGAUACAGUAGAAUUAUUUUUAGCAUUAAGUAAAUUAACUCUUCAAGCAUCAUUAUAUAUUAAUGAAAAACAACAUCAAUUUACAUGGAUACAAUUAAUAAAAAUGGCUAAAACUGUUUCAUUUACAUUAUUAAUAAAAAAAUAUAUUGUUUAUGCUCAAGUAUUUGAACAAUUUCCAUUUGAUGUACAAGCAUUUAUCUAUUCAAUUAGUUCUACAUCAAAAUUUCCACUUCAAGCUAUUUAUUAUUAUGCUGAAAAAUUAAAUUUAAAACAAGAAGAAUUAUGGUAUCAAUUUUUAUCAUUAUUUGAAAAAGGUUUUAAAAAAGGUCAAAUACAAUAUGAUAAUAAUGAUAUAGCAUCAUUAUUAAAAUAUAUAAGUCGAGAUGAUAAUCUUUUUGUUCAAUAUUGUAC